CAGCACAAUGUGACGGACAAUCAGAUUGGUAAGACGCGAAUUGUUGUUAAGAUCGACGUUAAGUAAACUAUAGUGCUUACAAAAAUAUUGUACAUACAUACAGGCAUACGAGUAUCUAUGUGCAGCGCGUUUAGCUGUUGUCUUUAGUGUUAUAUUUCAAAGUGUUUUGUAAAUAUAAAAAAUAUAUUUUUUUAACAAAAAAAAAAUUUUUUUAAAUAAUAAAAAUUUAUCAAAAAAUAAUAAUAAAAAAAAUUAUAAAAAAUCAUACAUAAAAACUAAAAAUAAUAUAAAAAACCAGAUUUGUUGAAUAAUACUAUAAAUGCAUGUCAAAAAAAUAUUAUAAACGAAAUAGCUAAUUAAAUAAAUUUAUAAAACAUAAAUAAAUUAUUUUCUCUCUGUGAUAUAUGUAGUUACAUGUGCAUGUAAAUGCAAUAAGUGUAUAAAAAGGAAAACGAAAAAUAAAAAAUUUUGAAAAGAAACUAAAUUAAGCAAUAAUAGGAAUUUAGUGAGCACAACGGGAUACUGAGAAUUAUAUGACUAUUUACUACUGUAUAUAUACCAUAAUAGACCGUAUACAAACAUUCGACUGCCGAGUGUCUUUAAUUCAACAAUAUACAAGCACAUUUACGUGUACCCACAGUUGAAGGGUACAAAAUUACAAGCCAAAAACAAAACAAAAAUCAAAUAAAAAUAAAUAAAAAAUUUAAUAGAAAGUAAAAACAGUAAAAUAAAAGCGCAAUAAUGUUGGCCAGCAAAAGUUUACCCACUCAAUACAGUGAGUCUAUAUUUAAAAAGCAUUUGAAGAGCGUCGACAAAGAGCUGACAGGCGCCGCAACGGUCACUACAGCCAAAACGGAUAUUGGUCUGAGUACAUUGGAUAUUACUUGUGCGGACGUUAAAGUGACAGCAAUGAAAUCAAAUCUACAAAACGGCUCUAUACCACCAACCACCAACAAUAAUAAUAAUAACCAAAAUAUUAAUAAUAUUAAAGCGAAAAUGAACGAUACAAUUUCCACACCGAAUUUCGUAUCUGGACAUCCUGAUUUGAAAUUAGAGAAUUUCAUACGCACUUGUGUUGAUGAAAUUAUAAAAACGGCUGUGUUAGCUGGCACUAAUCGUGCCAGUAAAGUGGUAGAAUGGCAUGCACCGUGCGAGUUGAAGCAAUUGUUCGAUUUCGAGUUGUCAGCGGAACCGGAAACCAAUGCAAAAUUAAUCGAAUUAUUAAAAGCCACCAUACAGUAUUCGGUGAAAACGGGUCAUCCGUAUUUUAUUAAUCAACUUUAUUCUGGUGUUGAUGUUUAUGCUUUGAUUGGUCAGUGGUUGACAGAUGCAUUGAAUCCGAGUGUGUAUACAUAUGAGGUGGCGCCCAUUUUUACACUCAUGGAAGAGACAGUGUUGGCUGAGAUGCGUCGCAUUGUCGGCUAUCCAAACGAUGGUUAUGGCGAUGGUAUUUUCUGUCCAGGUGGUUCAAUUGCAAAUGGUUAUGGCAUCAGUUGUGCUCGCUACAAAUACGCACCGGAAACCAAAAAACGUGGUUUACUCGGCGGAAAGCAGCUAAUUAUUUUCACCUCAGAGGAUGCCCACUAUUCGGUCGAGAAAUUGGCAAUGUUUAUGGGUUUCGGAAGUGAUAAUGUGUGCAAAAUUGCAACAAAUAAAUUGGGUAAAAUGGAUACCGAAGAUCUGGAGAGAAAAGUCAAACAAUAUAUUAAUGACGGUGCACGCCCACUGAUGGUGUCCGCAACGGCCGGCACAACGGUUUUAGGUGCAUUUGAUGAUUUGAAUAGUAUAGCGGAUAUUUGUGAGAAAUACGAAAUGUGGUUACACGCUGAUGCUGCCUGGGGUGGUGGUGCUCUAGUAUCGAAGAAAUAUCGUCAUCUAUUAAAGGGAAUCGAACGCGCCGACUCUGUAACAUGGAAUCCCCAUAAGCUUUUGACUGCUUCACAACAGUGCUCAACAUUUUUAACCCGACACAAGGACAUCCUAAGCAGCUGUCAUUCCACAAAUGCAACAUAUCUAUUCCAAAAGGAUAAAUUCUACGAUACAUCAUACGACACCGGUGACAAGCAUAUACAAUGCGGCCGUCGUGCGGAUGUCUAUAAAUUCUGGUUUAUGUGGAAGGCCAAGGGCACAAAUGGUCUUGAGGAGCAUGUAAAUCGUGCCUUCGAAAUGUCAGAGUAUAUCACCGAGUUGAUAAGAGCGCGUCCCGGCUUCGAAUUGGUCUUGGAGAGGCCGGAAUGUACAAAUGUUAGCUUUUGGUAUAUACCACCAUCUCUGCGGAAUAUGGAACGUGGUGAUUUGUUCAAUGAAAAACUGAAUGCCAUUGCACCAAAGAUCAAGGAGGGCAUGAUAAAGAAGGGUUCGAUGAUGAUUACCUACCAGCCAUUGCGGCAAAUACCGAACUUUUUCAGAUUAGUUUUGCAAAAUUCAAGUUUGACGCAAGAGGAUAUGAAGUAUUUCCUCGAUGAAAUAGAAAGUUUGGGUUGUAAUUUGUAAUUAAUAAUUUGUAAUACUAUAAAAUGUAAAUUAAAUUGAUUAGAUUUAAUUAUACUAAAGGCUUCAAAUACUACCUAGUGUAUAUGGACAAACA